AUGCCUUUUGGUAAUCUUUGUCUACGAUGGCGUAUGGCGAUAGCGAAUGCGAUGCCAAAUUAUGCUGCAAUUUUCUCCGCCUGCUGUUGUGUUUUGGGUCGAUGGUCACGUGACCGCAGCAUGACCGUUGAUUCGUCGAGCGGCGAAAGUCUAGAAACGGUUGGGGAGAAGAAUUGCGACGAUGACAAGGUUUUGAAUUUAAACGUGAAAAACGAUUCGAAUUUGGAAGUUUUUGAACGAGAAAGGGUGGAAGGGACACGCCAAAGGAAGGCUGGUGUUUCGGGGUCGGACUUAACCGAGAUGAAUUCGACGGAAAGGACUAGUAAUCGAAACUACCCGCCUCCUUCAUACAGCAGCGCAACAAGACGCUACACGGAGCCGUAUAGAUCAAAUAGGUCCACAAACAGUACCCAUACUAGUGCAUAUCGUUCGCUCUCAGAUGUUACUACGCAAGGCCGAUACUUUAGACGUUCCCGGGAUGUAGCGAGAGAAGCAAUGGAUACAAGGCGUCAAAAUAUCUCGCCCGACCUUUCGCUAAGCUCGAAUUUCGAAGCUAUGAACCUAAACGGCAGUAUCAGCCCGGCUUCGUCGACGUUCACAUUAUCAAGUCAAAUUGCGAACCACGAUUUUGACUUCACAGUUGCGAAGCUACGUUUUGUCCUCGAUUACACGUUUCAUAUGUCCAAACUCACGACCACUAUCAAUAAAGUGGAAUUGACGAACGAAGGAAUGGUUCGGGAUAAAGAGAGUAUGGAAGUCGAUCUGGUUCUACUCCCUGAUAAAAGACAAACGUAUCGAGUAAAGGCGAAGAAUUUCACCGAACCUUACGCAUUUUACAUCUACCCAAGAGAGCGGCUACCUCAAAUGCGACUGAGGUUUCGACUUUACGAAAGCGGAAGGAUGUUGAAACGAGUCCUAUUAGCCGAAGGAGUGUUUGCAUUAAAGAACGUCAGACUUGGUUUUGAAUUGAUAACUUUGGACAUCGAAAUGUUCCCACCGACCAGAGGGCUGGCUUAUGGAAAUCGGUUAGAAGAACGGAGUUUAAGCCCAGUUUCAAUGUCAACCGACAUAAGCUCGCGGCUAUCAACCACGGAAGACCCGGAGCUGUUAGUAUCGCUACAACACCGCUCGACCGUUCAACGGUUGAAUAUCGAAAUACUCAAAACCCGUUGCUGUGGGCCUUUAGUUCACAACAAAGCGGCUCCGAUGUACGUGGAAAUUAAACUGAUUUCAUCGAGCGGGGAUUUAUUAUUCGAUACGAAAACGUCGAUUCAAAAGGAUUCACCGAAUCCGGAAUUCAAUGAGAAAUUCUCGUUUUUCUUACCCGAUAAUAAUUUGCUAAGUGUGACGCUUUUAGUCACACUUCUUCGCGUGAGUCGGCCGUUUGGUCGGAAAUCGUUGGUCGGGCGGUUCUCUAUCGGCAGAAACAACAGUGAUAAGAGCGAGGAAAUGCAUUGGAACGAAGUCGUCAGAGGACAAGGAUGUUCACCGGUUUUAAAGUGGCAUAAAUUGUUCCAGCUUUAAGGUUCAGUAUAGACUGUGUUAUAUAGUCUACAUCUAUAAUGUAAACAGCUGUCACUAGUGGCCUUAUAUAUAUUUAGCCCUGACAGCUGAGCUAAUGACUGUAUAUCUUACUAUAGCAAUUUGCAUAUAUAUGCAUGCGUAUAGUGAUAAUAGCAAAAUACAUAUCAAACUAUAUGGGUAUAAGCCAGUGUGGAUUAUAACGAUUGACAAUCGGCUAUUUGCAAAAAAAGACCAAAGAUCGAUUUUAUGCUGCAUGGAUAUUUUGACCGAUCAAAUGAAGCACAGCAGUGAGUAGUUUUACAGGUAUGAUAAGGAAGCACAUAUACUACUUCUUCAUACACUAGCUCUCUUGAGCUAUGCCUCUCUGUAAAGGAGAAAGCUAAUGACAAAAUACAUCUAUUGUUUACGACUAUAGUUUAUCAAAGAGUAUAGUUUUCUUAAGAGAUUAAAUAAAUUGUACUUUUACUGACCGCUUUUAAGAUUGUUUAUAAGAUAUUGUGAUAUAGGUAGAACAUAUAGGGGAGCAACAGUUUUAUAUUUUGCCCUGAAUUAUUUGAUCAACUAUAUAGCACAUAGAUUGGGAACAUUCGACCGACCAAUUCUUUCAGUUUCCAAUUUGGCAACUGUACUGUCAGUCGAAGGCCGAGCGAAAUUGUUUUAAUCCACACUGGUAUGAACUGCAUGCAUGCAGAAUUUGAACCCACUAGGCGCAUUUUAUUCGUUAGAACUUAGAUUAAUUAACGGAAAAAAAAUCCUAACACGCAAUCUUGGACGUAAUUAAUUGGUUGAGACUGACCUUUCCUUCAAAAAACAAAUUCGCAUACCCCUUAGGAUAAAUUCCAAGUAAAAUCAUGUUGCGCUCCCCAACUCUACUGAACUGAAAACAUGUUGAAAUCUAUACCAUCCCUGUGGAAAUGCCAUUGCAUCACCAAACUAAAAGCCCUGCCAUCAAACGAGAAUGGCACAAAUUGUUUCAGGGGACAUUUCAAGCUCUAGAUUAACAAAAACAGGUUUGAUGAGUGUUCCAUGAACUCUGUUUUAAUUUAAAUAGAAUACAUGAUAGUGUUGGGAAGGCAUUAAUUAAGAACAGCUAACCAAGAUCGCGUGAUCCAUAGUAGUAUAUCCACACUAUUUCCAUAAAUGGCAAUUAGUAUGGAAAUUGGAUUCCCUGUAUACAAUUUCCAACUAUAGAGGUCUCGCAUACUAUUUCCAUAGUAAGCAUUUUGAAAAAACAUCCAGUGCUCAAUGUUAAACUUUUGUUUUGGUAAAUUCAGUACUAAAAGUUGUUUCAAAACAUCGAAUUGCAUGGGGGAGAGGGGUCACGAAAUUUGCUUUGUCUUGGCAAUAUAAUGUGAGGAAAGGUCUCAAACAUUAUGUGCAAGAUUGUAGGUUUUUCUUUUGCGAGGUUUUUCUCUUCAUUCAUUAAUGAAUGUGUCCACUUUGACGUGCCGAAAACCAUUUCUGCACAAGAAUAAACACCUAAGACUAAGCUAUGUGUUUGCUCAACCGUAUUAAAACAUUUUGAUACGAGGUCGCAUGCAUGCCGUGAUAGCUUUAAAUUUGAUAGCAGACUAUAUGAAGACUAUAGCUUGCUAGAGCAGUGGAUUAUAAAUUCACAGAGGGCGUAAUACGAUAAGGGCGGGACCGAAAACUAAUAUCUGAAUGGCCAACUAUCACGCUCAGGCUGCAAGAUAUUUUUAUUUUUCCGACAAAUUUAGGUUUAGAUUACAGAGUACAGUAUAUUUCAGUAGUUGUUUGCAUCACAGCGAGCUGAUGCAUUGCAAAAAAAUCCCGGAGUAUUUUGUCUGAAACAUGCACAGUGACACAAAAUUUGCAGUAAAAUUACUCAAAUUUAUGAGCAAAUGUACUCAUUUUUUGAGUAAAUCGACUAAAAAAUGAGUACAUGCAUGUAUGCGCUAAUAAAGCUGAGUACUUUUAUUCAAUAUUAUAUUUUAAUUCGCUGUGGACGCAUAUAAAACUCUAUAUAGUCCAAAUUUUUAAACUUUAUAGUCCAAAUUUUUUCUAUUGUGAGCGCAUUAAUUCGAAUGCUUAGCUCAGCUUGUAAAUUACAGUAAGGUAUUACAUUUUUGAUGUUUCAUAAUUUUCAUUUAAAGUUUUCCACAGCAAGAAGGUAUUCUUCAGAAUAUGUCAGCCUUGGGCAUAUUGUUAGCCGUAUAUCUCCAUAACAUUUUGCUAACACAGUAUUCGACACAUAAAAGCGAUCUUAUAUAAAAUGAAAAGAGUGUAUUAAAGUUCAAGUUUAAUAGCUCAACCAUGCAGUAGGCUGGAUUUUAAGUCUUGUACACUUAUAUUAUACAGGAUAUAUAAGAACUCCAGUCUUUGGUACAUCUGAUGACUCAACAUGGAUACAUGCAGGGGAAUAUCGGUUCCUGAACGUCGAAAGUUCAAAUGAUAAAAGCCUUUAGAAGCAUCUACUUUAGAUAUAUUUAUGUUUACCAUAACAAUCAACAUUUGUUUUAAAAGUGGAGAGACGUUUUGCUUAUGCUUUAUUUAAUAAAACAAUGCACCUUCACUGUAAAUUUCAAGUAGUUGAGAAUCAACUCCAAAAGUGUUAUUUCGGUCAACUCCUUGGAAUUUACGGUGUUAGCACAAUAAUGUUAAUUGUAUAGGGGUCAAUUAAAAAUUGAAACCUAAAAGUCAGGUCAACCUACCGAGCGUGCGUAGUAGAGGUGUGCAUCGGAUCGGAUUGGACGUCUAUAAUCCGACAAUUGCCUAAUGUUUAAAAUCCGAUCCGAUCCGAAAUUUUCUAAUCCGAAUCCGAGUUUUGAAAAAGAAUUCCAAUCCGAUCCGAUGAAUUCUUUAAUAAAAUAAAUUUCUUAUUCAAGUUGAAAUAUUUAACCAAAUAAAUAUAAAAGCAAGAAAUACAUGUCAAGAAGCUGACAAAGUGACGUCCAAUUGAAGUCAUUGAACUAUCAGUCAAACGAAUAAUGCAGCGACAACCGCGAUGAUGCUUUGAUAAAUGCAUGGAUAAUUAAUUCUUACGAUAAUGCGUGGAUAAUUAAUUCAUUUUAUUUCGGAUAUCGAAGUCCGAUCCGAUCCGACUACGAAACAACUUUAUCAAUCCGAUCCGAAAUGAAUAUUUUGGUUCCGAAAUCCGAACGAAUCGGAUCGGAUUUGGAUCGGAUUUGCACACCUCUAGUGCGUAGAUUUCAUAUGUUGACGUAUACUGAAUAUUAAUGAAUCAUUUCAAGAUAUGGUGAACAUGAUAGUAGGCCAUGUUUUCGACUUUAUUGGUAAAAAAUUAAGGUUAAUAAAAGAAAAGGCUUGCGACCUUAAUAACUGAAUAUUACGAGAUUCGAGCACAUGUACGAGUGUUUCAAACACUCUAAACUCACAAUUUGAGCCUUAUUAAUUAUCUUACAAAUACGACAAAGCAAAGAAAAACAAAAAGCGCGCGAAAAUUCUUGACUGAGCCCUCAGUGCCAUGCCAUGAAUGCUCAGCGGGUAUUUUCUGCCAUUCUGCGCAAUUUCCGAUCGUGUUCAUAUCGUGGCCUGUAGGGAAUGCUUUGGCAUUUUAAAGAAACUGACAUAUCAAAUAGACACAUCGUAUAAAAUUACGCAAUUUUUCAUCAACCGACUUGCAUUUUUGAACUGCAAGUAUAUAUACUAUACUUCCACAAUUAAGAUUCAAGUAACAAAAUUAUAAUUAAUAUAAAUUUAGUACUCACUUAUAAACGUAUGUUGUUGCAUGCUUUGAUGGGGUUUAGAUAGUGGGGGCAUAUCUAGGGACAGUCUAUAUAAAAAAAGAGGACGAAAUGGGAUAUAUAUAUGUGCUUGUAAAUAUUUUUAAUAAAACGCAAAAAGUAUUAAUAAUAAAUGCCAUGCAAAGGC